GGCGCGGAAGGGGCGGGGCGGAAAUGACGCCACGUUGCUAGGAAACAGUCUCCGAGCGACCGGGCUAAAUCUGGCCGCGGUUUCCAUCUAGCUGCGGGCCCGGCGCUGGGGUCUCCCCGCCGGCCGCGACCAUGUCCAUCUCAGUUCCCGUUCUUGGUGUGAGCGACAAGGACAAGAGCCACGUGGGGUCGGAGAACACCUACAUCCUGCGGCCCAUCUUCCAACAGAGGUUCCGACCCUCUACGGUGAAAGAAUGCAUCCAUACCAUACUCAAGGAAGAACUGGCAACUGCUCAGUAUGAGCCAAGUGAAAUGCCUGCCCUCACAAAGUUUUUAUCAGAGAGCAUCAAAAAUAAAUUAAAAGAAAUGGGAUUUGACCGAUACAAAAUGGUGGUGCAAGUAGUGAUUGGAGAACAAAGAGGUGAAGGAGUAAAUAUGGCUGCUCGGUGUUUCUGGGAUGCAGACACAGACAACUACACUCAUGAUGUUUUUAUGAACUGCUCCGCCGGUGACGCGGCGCUUGAGGGAGCUCGUGAGGCCGAGGGAAGGGUGAGCGGCGCGGGCACACGCAGGCUGGCAGAGCAGGGCAGCGAGCGGUGUAGACUGGAAAAAAUGGAUGCACCGAGUUCAACCAAGUUGAAUUCAAGGAAGAGGAGGAGAGAAUCUGGACCCAAUGGAGCAACAGAAGAUGAUGGGAUUCUUGCCAAAAUACCUCGCUGCUCAGUUGGCUUAAAGGAACCAGCCCCAUUUUCAGAUGAAAUUGAAAUUGACUACAGUAAGCCCUAUGUCAGAGUAACUAUGGAGGAGGCCAGGAGAGGGACUCCUUGUGAUCGACCUGUAAGAGUUUAUGCUGAUGGCAUAUUUGACUUAUUUCACUCUGGUCAUGCCCGGGCCCUGAUGCAAGCAAAGAACCUAUUCCCCAACACAUACCUUAUUGUGGGAGUUUGCAGCGAUGAGUUGACACACAAUUUCAAGGGCUUCACAGUGAUGAAUGAAAGUGAACGCUACGAUGCAGUUCAGCAUUGCCGCUAUGUGGACGAGGUGGUGAGGAAUGCUCCCUGGACACUAACACCUGAAUUCUUGGCAGAGCAUCGGAUUGAUUUUGUAGCCCAUGAUGACAUCCCAUAUUCUUCUGCUGGGAGUGACGAUGUUUACAAACACAUCAAAGAAGCAGGCAUGUUCGCACCAACACAGAGGACAGAGGGUAUAUCCACAUCAGACAUCAUCACCCGCAUCGUUCGGGACUAUGACGUAUAUGCAAGGCGGAACCUGCAGCGGGGAUACACUGCCAAGGAACUCAAUGUCAGCUUCAUCAAUGAGAAGAAAUAUCACUUACAGGAACGUGUAGACAAAGUAAAGAAGAAGGUAAAAGAUGUAGAGGAGAAGUCAAAGGAGUUUGUGCAGAAGGUGGAGGAGAAAAGCAUUGACCUCAUUCAGAAGUGGGAGGAGAAAUCCCGAGAAUUCAUUGGAAACUUCCUGGAGAUGUUUGGCCCAGAAGGAGCACUGAAACAUAUGCUGAAAGAAGGAAAAGGCCGGAUGCUUCAAGCCAUCAGUCCCAAGCAGAGUCCAAGCAACAGCCCCACACGUGAACGUUCCCCUUCUCCCUCCUUUCGAUGGCCCUUCUCUGGCAAGACUUCUCCACCCUCCUCCCCAUCGAACCUCUCGGUACACAAGGCUGUUCAGUAUGACAUCAGUGAAGAUGAUGAAGAGGACUAAUUUGCCAUCCCACCUCCCUCCUUCCUUCCUCUGUCCUGUCACCUCCAGCUGUCUUUUGAAUUCCAAAUUGUUAAUUCCAACACUAAACUCAAGGACAGUUGUAGGCAAGGGAAGGAGAACCUGGGACAGAGAUCAAAAUAGCCUGUCCCCAAAGGCGUCACCCUGAGAAACAGAGAAGGGACUGCCUUAGAAGCCUCUCCUCUAUUCCCCUGCACCAGCCUCCACAAGGACGUCGCUUUACUGUUUGCAUUCAGAUAAUCUUGAAGGGAAAAUAAUAGUUUUUAUUAAUUAUAAAAUAGCCUUUUAAAUGUAAUAAGUGGAGCCCCAACCAGGAGAGGAAAAAGAGAUAGUAUUGUUCCCAGAGGCCUUUCUUCCCCCUUAAUUCACUAUAAUUUUAUUUCUGCUCUGAAGCAGACUUACUUGCCAAGUCCUUAUACCUGAUGUGAACUGUGCCAGAUGUGGUUUAGGGAAAAUUAUGUGAACUUCCUUAUAAUUUGAUUUCCAUUUUUUUCUUUUCUUUUCUUUUUUGAAGACAAAGCUGACCUCCAGAAGUCACAAAUACCCUAAAGUUUGUUGCUGGCAAAUGUGCUGAGGUGUAGUAGGGAGCUCUCAGAGGAGUUUCUCUGGGUCUGUCCCUUUUCACUCCUUGUGAUGGGUCUGCUGGAAAUACGCUACCAUUGUGAUCCCUGAGGGUAGCGGGUAAAGGGAUGAUUCAUCAAGUAGUUUCCCUGAAUGUUCAUCUUUUCAGAAACUCAUCUCCAAUUUUCUGAGCUGCCUAGGAGUCCUUGGUGAGCUUUUUGCCUCUUUCUUUCUAUAGCCUGCUUUUAGAGCACAGAGCAUACUGUGAUAUUUAUGUAGAGAAACUGAAUUACAGCGGGGAAACAGUCUUGCACCCAGCCAUUCCCAUAUCUAGGACUUUACCUUGCUUCUCCCAAAAGGAUACCACUGCAAGUGUUUGGAGGCUUUCAGGGUGUUCUUUUAAUCCAUGUUCCUACGCCCACAUUUAACGAUUGUAGAAGACUCCCUGGAGUUUGGGAACAAAGAGUCUAGGACCUGUCUCCCUUUCUCUAACAGUGGCCACACUCUCAUCUUUUUGCCUCAGAAUUUUCUUAACCUUGGUCAGUCCUCCCAACCUCUUCCUCCCCUCCCGAGAGACAGAGCAAAAAGGGACUCUCUUACAAAGCAGAGCUCACAUGUCUUUCCCAGAGGUGAGACCCGAUUUAGGUGCAGACCUCCCUCUCUCCCUCUUUUCCUCCCAUCUACCCACCAUUCACAUGGGCCUGGCUCAGCCUUGGGGGAGUACACCACUUGACUCCCUUCCCAAGGAAUGCAGAUGCUUAAGGCUGUGCUGCUGCUGCUGAGCAUGUGCCUCUUUCUUAGCUUCACCAUCCUGCCUCCUCAACCAAAUGACCAGCAGAGCAGCCCCUACCCCAGUGCUCGUGUUGUGGGCCCAAUGGGAAGACUGCUUGUGUCUGGCUCUGCUCGGUUGCUCAUCAAUGCCCCUUGUGGGGGUGGAGUUUUAGUGUUUUCAGCUAUGAAAACCACAAGUUGCUUUCUGUGUUUGUCCAUGUGUUGGGGCUGUUUGCCUCCCAUGGCCUCCCACAUGAACACUUUCUAAUAAAACCUGUUUUUUGUGCCUGCUAGAUGACAAGUAAUUGUCACAGGAUUUACACUGUACCUACCCAGCAAGGCAGUGAGAAUGCUUAAGAUUCAAGCUGCCUGGAGAGGUUGCUGACAUAUCAAAGUGAAAGAAAUGAAUAGAGGGAGACUUCCAAUGUAUUCCCCAGUGGCUUAUGGAAACGGUGUUUCUGAUGAAGCGCCAUUUUAUUCUGGAGCCUUUUGGUUCUAAUGAGCUUUGGUUUGGGAUCCUCUGAAACACUUAAAAUCAAUUUUUUCCCUUGCUAUGCUGCUUCAUGGCUUCCUUUGAUCAAGUGUUAAUUUAACUUCUUUGCUUUAGCCAGGCAGGCUUUUCCUGUAUUAGUGAUAUUGUUUCUGUCUAGAACAUUCUUCCUGGUAUAGAUUUUUUAUUUUCUGAGGCUGUGUAUUUGAAGCCUGGUGGUGGAGAAGGUGUUUCUACUGAAAUCUGUCCCCAAGGUCUUUUAUGGUACAUCCUUUGGAAUGUCCCCAGUAUCUUGAGUUUACAAUUUCUUCUCUCUUAAGAUGUGCAUUUACAAAGAGACACCAUAAGAAUAUGGUUUUUCUUCCUUUCAAUUAUUCACCAGAAAUGUAUUGACUUUGGGGUUUUAGCAGAUAAGACUCCUCUCUGCCAAUGACCAGUGGGAUACUCUAUUUGGAUAUGCCCCAUCCCAAGGAAGUAACCUUUAGGCAAAUAGUUAAGCCACAGAAUUGUUAAGCCUGAGUUUGUGUUCAGCACUGUCUUUUGACUUGUCUCAAGUAGACAUCUUCUGAACACAAAUAGCUUUUCAUGAGGUUGAGUCCUUUUGUUGCCAGAGAUGUUUGUCUGGAUCCCUUAAAGUCUAUAUUUCUAUAUCUUUGCACCCGAGGAAAGGUGAAACUAAGAAAGGAAAAUAAUCGACACCACUGGAAUGAUGCCUCUUUGACUAUUUAUCUCAUUAAAUGAAAUUAGAGGGGGAAACUCUGUGCCACGAUUACCCCUUUAUUCUGUGAAGGUUUAGGGCUUUUUCUCUCUGUGGGUCAGUGAAAGCAGUAGGUCCAGAUGGGAUGGCUAAGGUGGACAAAGCACAGACUCCCUAGAGGGAUCAGAGCUAGGUGCUGGUCUGCAGGUUAGGAAGAGAUGUUUGUAACAGUCCUAUAUAGAUGCCCUGAGACUGACAUUAAGGAUGGGCCAUUUUAGUAGUGGCCUCACUGUGGACUGGGCAGAACAUCUACUUUCUGCUUUGGCAAAGUCACCCAUCACCACAGCCGUGAGGAAAUGAGGUGUGGGAAUUUACAUGAGAAAAGAGAAGGGGAUCGUUUCUCCUGCUUCUGCCUCUCCAAAGCAAUCAAAAAGCAGACCGUGAUCAAAGGAUUAGGUGAGAAUAGGAGCCAAAGUGUUCUGUAAAUUAUGGAGAGAGGGAAAAAACAAAACAAAACAAAGGGAAGAUCUAGACACAUUAAUAAAGGGAAUAGGUAACUUCUUUCUCUGCCACAAGAGCACCUUAUGCUGUACCAUAAUUACAUUUUUCUUCUUUCUUUGCCUAGGGGCCAAACACCUAGUAAAUAGCACUGAUGGAGGCUCAUCUCCAUAGUAUUUCUUCAGAGUAUUUUGUUCUUCCAUCUUUGGAUUAUCUUGUUGAGUAUGACUUCCUCUAUAAAGGAGUUUGAUGCUUUUAGGACCUUACUCUGGAUCUGUUCCCCAUAAUCUCUUUCAAAUCAACUACAUUUGCCUUUUUAUUCUGUCAAAAGCCAUAGCUCUCAAGAAUUUUCUCUGUAUACAGUAUCAUAGGGAGCCUCACCAAUGCAGAUGGGAAAAAAAAGAAAAAAGAUGUUUUGUAAGUAAUUGUAUUUUUUUUAACUCAUCAAUAUAAGUAUUUCUAAGAAUCUAUAUUUUUCAGAGUCAUACCACAAUGAUUUGUAUUUUUUUCCUUCUCUUGAAGAACAGGUUGUCAUGGGAUGCAGGAAUGAUCCCUCCUAGCUGUUAUUUUUCCAGAUUAAUAAAUGGAAUAUGGUCUUGGGGUUAUGAUAUUAAAAUACUAAUUUCCUUUAAAAAAAACAACACAGCAUUUCUUUCUGCCAAAGUCUUAUGUAGGUUUAUACUUGGCAGGGACAGGAAGAUAAAAAAUGAAAGCAUCUGUUUUACAUUGGGUUCCAAGUUGAAAUGGCUCAGUUUAACUUCAUUCAGAUUAAACGUAGGCCUUCCUGACCCUGUCAACGAAGAUAUGUCAUCUUAGGUUGUUUGGGGGUUGAGGCUCCUUGGGGAAGGAAUUGUCUUGGAAAGAAACACAGGUCUUGGCGUGAAUGUUAACUUCAUCAUUAAUGCCAUAGAGUCCAAAGGAAAGUUUUCCUCUGUUGGUGUUUAGUCUAUCAGUUUCUGUCUGUGUGUUGUUAAUCUGUUCGCAGUUGUUUUGGCUUUUGUCAUUUAGCCAAAUAAAUGCAAAGUGAUUUUAACCAA